GCAACAUGGCGGAUGUACACAAACAAAUUAUGAAAAUAUUUUCGCUAUAAAACUUGUGUUUUUUUGGUUAGAAAUCCGAAGUUGAACGUUGUUGAAUAUUAUAAAAUUUUGUGAUUUGACAUCUACCAACCAGUCCAAGACCAAGAUGGAUACUGCAGAGAGUAUCAAACGAGAUAGAGAGGACUAUGUUAAUGCCUCCAUUGAUGGUGAUGAUGACAACGUUGAUGAAGAUGAUGAUGCCAGUGAUGAUGCAUAUGAUACCAAGCCGUACUAUGAGUCAACGGAAGAACGUUUGGAAUAUGAGAGUGACCCACCGCAGUCGUCAGGGGAUGAGUCAUUCGCCACUCGAACAGAGGAACUUAUUCCCACCCCACCCUUGGAGUCAAGGACAACUCACAAAGACAGAGUCAAUAUGAUCUACAUGAGAAGAUACUUAGACCAACUGGCUGAAAUUGUGCAGAAGAAAUUAUACGUUGUGGAACAAAUGAGAGAUGAGUUAAGGGAAUGUGAUGGCAGGGUUGAAGAUUUGGAAAAUGAACGUGAUGACGUUUAUACGCAGAUUGAGAGGAACGGAGCACAGUCGAAUACGUCUGCCAUCCAUCGGCUUCGUGCACAGCAUGAGAGAGUUUGUGAGGAGCUACAGGCUGAAGGGGAACUGCAGGCCCUGAUUAGAGGAAGGCUCGAAAAGGCUGAGUAUGAGUUGGCCCAAGCCCAGGUGAAACAAGGCAAGUACCUCUUAGCUGAGGAUGAGCUGCAGAAGAAAGAGCAGAGCUAUGGACGAGAGAGAUCAGAAAUCGCUGCUCAGAGGUUACAAAAAGAAAAGCGCCACUCUGACCUCGCGAAAAAAGAGCAGCAGUCUUACGACAAUGAGGUCAUCCAGGCCAAGAAAGCCCUGCAAGAACGCAGACGCCAUGAGAAAAAUGAAGCAAAGAGAAGCCGAGAAAAAGCCAAUAAAUUUUAUAAGAAAACGAUGGAUCGUUUGAAGACGGAGGCAACCCUUGAGUCGAAGCGGGCUGGAGUUGAAACAGACAAGCGAAUUGAUACUCUCCUGAAGCUAAAAGGGGACAUCACUUCAAAUCGGGAAAAUUUGCGAGCUAUUCAAGCGCGUGACCGUGCCAUGGCACGUGAAGAAGAUAACCAGGAGGAGCUACAGAGGCAGGCGAUCAUGGCAGACGGGGGUAACCCUGACGAAGUCCUCAUCAUCCAGAAACGACUGGAGAAAUUUGAGAAGGAAAAAGAGGCCCACCUAGCCAAGCAGCGUCAGAAUGAGGUUGAGAUUGUCAACCGUAUUCUGAUUGAAGAAAAGCGGAUGAAAAAGCGAAAAAAGCAGCAACCGCUUCUGUGGAAUGACCCAAAGAGAGAAAAUGCCAAGAUAGUCCCUCCACAUCCUCGGCCCAAGUUGCAGAUUUUUGAAGAAGCGAGAUUGUCAACUUUGCAGUGUACCGAAGAAACUGAUGCUGAGAAGAUGGAAUCGGUCUGUGCCAGCUUAGCUACUGGUGAUAAAGAGGAGCCUAUUCCAGUUAUCAUUGGCGCAGAUUCUAGUGAUGAUGAUGCGAAGUUUGUCCCUGCAGGAAGUUUGACAAGGAACGAUCUGCCAGCAUCUGAUUCAGAAACAGAAGGCGCGUUAGAUUUAGCAAAGCCUGAAUUUGAAGGCUUGUGGAAUCAGCAUAAACCUUACAAGGUACCUAAGGAUGUCGACGCCGGGCCAAAAGUUCCUGGGGCUUCCAAAAUGGAACAGGAAAUUCUCCAGAGCGUUUUGGAGAAACAUCGUGCAGGAAUCGUCAAGAAGCAGGUUGUGGUUGGGAAGGAGUUUAAAGGAGUUGCCUUCUACAGCAAGCCUGAUGUUGUUCAUUUCAAGGAUUUUGAAGUUGGUAAAUGCUACAAGAAGAAAGUGAUCCUGACCAACGUGUCGUACAGCGUGAAUUACCUGAAGCUGAUCGGAAUCACGGAGCAUCUCAAGGACUUCAUUGAUAUUCACUUCGACCCCCCUGGUCAGAUGUCCGCCGGCCUCACCUGCGAGAUGCUGGUGACCUUUAAACCCAUGAUCAACGAAGACCUGGUCGGUCAGGUUAACUUCAUGGCACAGACUGGUGUCUUCUCUGUCCCUCUCAAGUGCACUACAAAGAAAUGUGAUUUAACCGUUGACACAAAUACCGUAGAAUUUGGCACAUCAGUCAUCGGAGAGACACUUAGGAGGCAUUUCACACUCACCAACAAUGGGGCUCUUGGGACCAAGUUUGAAUUCUACAAAGUUUCUGGUCUUAAACAGCGGACUGUCACAACACCUGAGACAUCCCUCGGUGGACGCCAGACAGCCUCUGACAUUGACAAGCCAGGAAGCCCAGAAUCGGAAGACCCAACAUCCAAAAAGGCUGCUGACGCAAAACCCGUUGAUGAGAAACAAAUUGUGAAGGAGGGAGGAGAUGUGCAGGAUGCGGAGGCUGUGGAGGAAAAAGGGGUGGAUGAGGAGUUGGCCCCAGCUGGGGAGGAUGUUACCACUGAAGGGGAUGAAUUGCCGCCUGUUGAUUUGGAACAGAGAGAGGAUGGGCUGACCUCCUCGAUGUUAGAUUCAGUCGACGACAUCGAAGACCUCUCCUCUCUCGAUGGUAUGAAAGUUGGUGCCAUUGCGUCCGGCUGGAUUGAGCCAUUUGCGUCAGUUAGGCUCGAGAUUGUCUGGCAGCCAACCAUUCCAGGAAAAAUCGACACCGAUUUUGUCCUAACGUUUGAUGACAUGGAGUCAGAGGAUAUAACGGUGUCUGCUUUGGCAAACGCCAUCGAUGUGCCAGUCUGGGUGGAGAGACAGGGUGUUGAUCUCAAGAUCUGCAUGUUUGAUCGCCUUUACCAAGAUACGAUCAUCGUAAACAACAGGGCUACCACCGCACUCCGUCUAAAGUUUGAAGUCUGUAAAGAGUUACGCAACCACAUUGAACUGCUCCCUAAGACCGGCUACAUCCAAGCACAGUCACAGUUCUCAGCACAGCUCAAAUUCCUACCACUGAAAAGCCUGACAGAAGAGGGAGGCAGAUACUUCGACCCAGACACGGGUGUCUUAGAAGCACCCAUGAUAAUAACAGUAGCUGAUCAGACGAGGCCAGUGCCAUUUACCGUCCAUGCAGUGGUGACCAGCUCCGAUCUUGAGUUCGAUAAGACGGACAUCGAUUUUGGUCAUGCAACAAUCUAUGAAUCUGUUAAGACGACAGUCCAGCUGACAAAUCAUUCCAUCUUGCCGCAGAAGUUUGGGUUUGUUGGAAUACCAGAUUAUGUUGAUGUUCAGCCGAACGAUGGCUUUGGUACCCUUCUACCACAAGAGAAGAUCGAACUCGACAUUAUAUUCAACCCUAAAAAGGCGAGGAAUUAUUCCUUCGAACUGACCUGCAAGUCUCUGAUUAAUAGGCAGUUCAAAAUCCAAUGCAAGGGUGUCGGUGUCCACCCACCACUUGAACUAUCACAUCAAGUGGUCCACUUCAAUGCGACCUCCCUGUGUGACUUCUCAGCUGAGUCAGUCUACAUCGUCAAUUCACACACAAGUAUGAACGAGUUCACUCAUCCUGUCCCUAGAAUUGGCAAGGGCGAGAUUGCUCCUGUCGGGCCGACGUCGUUUGAGUUUGUAGUACCGGAGAACGCUCCACUGAACAUCUCUCCAGCAGUCGGCACUGUUGAGCCAGGACAGAAACAACGGAUUCAAGUGCGCUUCAGUCCGAUGUUGCCACAAGGUGAUGUCCAGGGUGAGGCCAUCCGCAUCAUCAAGAAGGCGAUGGAGGCACGGGCCGAGGAGGAACAUCGUCAGGUGCUGCAGCGCGAGAAGGAAAAGGAACAAGAGGCCGCGAAAGAGGCUAAAGCAGCGGCUGGGAAAAAAGGAGCUGCUAAGAAGACAAAGCCAACAUCUCCCAAGAAUCGUCCCAAACCUCUGGAUGCUGAGAUCACCUUCAAGCGGUCCGAGAUGCGAGACCUUCCAGAGGCUGAAUCAAUCAAGCAAGACUCGGAUGAUUUCGCUGCCGCCCAUGGCUCCCUUCUACGACACUUUACCGGUGAUUUUAAGACGUUCGUCGUCCCUUGUUACGUAACGUCAGGAAAAUGUGGAAAUCCUGGGGAACUUGACUACAGCCUCCACAACACACUCUACCUUGUUGUCCACUGUCCUGCUGUCAAGCCUGAACUCAUGGUCAUCUCCGACAGCGGGCGCACGACGACUAACUUUGGCGAGAUCUCAAAGGGCCAGAGUAUCAUCAAGUCCAUCACGAUACAGAACAUCUCCGGCAAGAAUCUGGAUCUUAAAUCAUCUGUCCUCGACACAAGUGGUCCGUUCUUGAUGUUGAAUUCAUUACGCCCACUACCGCCAGAUGGCACUCACACUAUUCUGGUUUCUUUUACUCCUACAUCGAGUAAACAGUAUUAUGAAGUCCUUCACGUCAACACAGGCACUUCCUCACUCCAUAUAACAUUCAUUGGCCGUGGAGUGACGCCAGUUGUCAACUUAUCCGUUGAAGGCGUCAUGGACAUGGGUGCGACCAUAACUGGCGAAUACAUCGAGCGGCCUUUCAAGAUUGGUAACACAUCCACCCUAGCUGUUGACUACUGUGUCAAGCUGGACAGCACAUCGCUACUGCGGCACAUCAAGUCGCAAGAUGUGCCCGAUUUUAUUAAAAAACAAAAGGAUAAGAAGUGUUAUGUUGGGACACAGAAUCUCUCCGGGAAGUCUGUGUUUGAUUGCGUGCCGAGCGAAGGAACCAUUCCUGCAGGUACUUCAAAAGAGAUAAUGGUCACCUUUGCACCGGAUCACGAAAGUGAUUAUUUCAGUGACGGAUUACGCUUGGAGCUCUUCAGUCAAGAGGAGUCCCAUUUCUUCCAAAUUGUCGGCGUUGCAAAGGACCACAUCAUGUACAUGUCGGGUGGUGAUGAGUUGACACCAAACGUGGAAUCGUUAGCAGUUUUGCCAGUCACCGAAGAGGAAGAGGAUGGUAAACUUCCUCCACAAUCGCUCCUCCUCACCUUUGAAUCUGUUGCCAAGGACGACGAGUUCGUCACGGCAACGAGGGAAAUCUACGCCGGCUGCGUUAGGACGAUGGCGGUCAGUCAAAAAAAGAAUGGAGAGUUCUUCUUUGAAAAUACCAAUGUGAUAAACGGCAUGGGAUUCAAUGUGGAGCCGCAGAAGGGCAUGAUGGAGGCGGGCUCUAAGAAACCCCUUGUAUUUACUUGGACGCCACCUCCAGGUCACGAUCCAAACCGACUUCUAGAAGCAAGCAUAUUGUGUACGGUGAAAGGAGAUGUGACACAGCAGUACAAGAUUAUGCUGAGAGCUCUGGUUGUCUCUGGAUAAAUUCCACAACAGAUUUGAGGUUAUAUCAGAUUCGAAACUGCUACAAGGAAUACCAAUUCGCAACUGCUAUUUAUUUAUUUAAUUUAUUUAAAUUUUUUUUUUUUUUUUUUUUUUUUUUUUAAGGAUAAUGAAAUUUUUUUAUAAGGACAAUGAAAAUAUGGCCUCCAUACAGUGACUGUUCCAGUGAGGUGGAAAGAUGUU